CCUAGUGGAACCAAAAGAUGAGGUUUGCCAUUGGAGGAGAAAUGGACCCCUCUCUGAAGAUCCUGUUUCCUCUGUUUAGUAUGGUCUUCACCUUAUUCAGCACAGCAAGAGCAAAAAAUUCAUCCUUGGACAUCCAGGAUCUUUCUUUUGCUAGUUUCCCUGAUAUGAAAAUAAAUGCUAAUGAUAAAGAAAUAAUUACUAUUGAUACAUUGAACAACUACAAUCAAUCCAGAAAUCAAGUGGCUACCACAAAACAAGCUGAAAAAUACUUGUCUGGUCCAUGGCUAACUCGCUUUGUUCCUUCAGUCCACACUGCUGUGGUUAUUUUGAGCCUUCCUUUAAACAUUACGGCAAUCCUUAUGUUUGUGGUCAAAAUAGGGUUUAAGAAGCCAGCUGUGGUGUACAUGCUCAACUUGGCUUCUGCCGAUGUUCUCUUCGUGAGUGUGCUUCCUUUUAAAAUCGCCUACAACUUUUCUGGAAACAACUGGAUCUUUGGGUCUGUGAUGUGUCAUUUUGUCACUGCCGCCUUCUACUGCAACAUGUACUGCUCCAUCCUGCUGAUGAUGGUGAUAAGCGUGGACCGUUUCCUGGCUGUGGUGUACCCAAUGCAGUCCCUAUCCUGGCGCACAGCAAGAAGGGCCUCGCUGGUCUGCUUUCUCAUCUGGCUUCUGGCUAUAGCUGGGGUGAUACCUCUGAUUGUCAAUGAGCAAACACAGAGAUUAUCCCGGUUAAAUAUUACGACCUGUCACGAUACAUUAGAUAUCUCUGUUAUUAUGGAUAUAUUUCGGUAUAACUUUUCUGUAUUAUCCAUUUUGUUCUUUUUUAUACCGUUAUUAAUCUCUGUCACCUGUUAUGUGUGUAUUAUAAGGAAACUUUCUUCAUCCAGUGUUGCUACAAAGACUGCUAAAAAGAGACGUGCCAUUCUCCUGUCUGUAGCAGUCUUGUCUUCUUUUAUUAUUUGUUUUGGCCCUACAAAUGUCCUAUUAUUAGUGCACAACUUGCGCAUCUCACCUGAUCAACCCCUUGAAAUUCUGUAUUUUGCCUAUAGCUUAGUGGUCUGCAUUGGUACCAUAAACUGCUGCAUUGAUCCCUUAAUUUAUUAUUAUGCCUCUUCAAAGUGUCAAAAGCAGGUGUGGGAUCUCCUAUGCUAUAAAAAGCAGUCUGAUCUUGAACAAAGCAGUCAGACAACAAGCUGUAAUGCCACCAAUCUUUUUAGUGGCCUGAAAAAUUUGUCUCAAGCAUAGAAUUUUACAGUGUGUGGUACAGUAUUCGUAAAUAUAGGUGUUGCAUGACAAAGAUGUGAAUAUUUGUUUACAGUUCACGUCUUUAAUGUCCAUGCCAUUCUUUCUCUAAAAUAUUUAUGCUGUUUCUUAUA